AUGGAUGCAUUGUUGUCAUUUUUAGGUAGUAUUUUCCCCUGUUUGCCUAACUUUGGUGGACCAUCAAUCUCAAUCAAGAAUAAUCUGUACAAGAUUGUUCGAUUGCUUGGUGAAGGAGGCUAUUCAUAUGUGUACCUUGUGAGUUUAAAAUCCAAUAGUCAUCUUUACUAUGCCUUGAAGAAGAUAAGAUGUCCAAUGGGUACUAGAGAUUAUACUUAUAAGAAUGCAUUACGAGAACUCCGCAAUUACAAACGGUUUGGCCAAUCACCGUAUGUCAUACAAUCCAUAGAAGAACGUAUAAUGAAUGAUGCGGAUGACUCUUCAACCAUCUACAUAUUGAUGCCCUAUUUUGAACAAUCAUUACAAGACAUCAUUACUCAAAAUGUGCUUCUCGAUAAACUGUUACCAGAGGAAGAAGUGUUACAACUUUUCGUGGGGAUUUGUAGAGGCGUUCAAACAUUACACAAGUUCAAGAAGAGAGCAACUUCUUCUCAUAGUGAUACCAUUUCUCAUGAUUCAAUUAACGAUGAAGAAGAAGGUUUAUUACCAACAAUAGGUGAAUCCGAAGUUGAAGAUGCUUUCGAUGGCAGUACAGAAUUAGAAGAGUUCUCACCUUAUGCUCAUCGUGAUCUUAAACCCGCUAAUGUGAUGAUUUCACCUGAAGGAUUACCAGUUCUUAUUGAUCUUGGUUCGUGUUCUAAAGCUCGAGUAACUGUUCUGUCACGUCAACAGGCAUUACAAUUGACAGAAUUUGCUCAGGAACAUUGUACACUUCCCUAUAGAGCACCUGAACUUCUAGAUGUUUCUUCUAAUGCCGUAAUAACCGAGGCUACUGAUAUUUGGUCCUUAGGUUGUUUGAUGUACUGUGCCUGUUUUGGAUAUUCUCCGUUUGAGAAAAUGGAGCUUGAUGAAGGUGCAAAUCUUACCGUGGCUAUUUCUGCUGGAAAAUUCAAGUACCCUUCCGGAUACGGCAACUACAGUCCCGAACUUAUUCAAGUCAUUAAUGACUGUUUACAAUUGGAUUCCAAUAAACGUCCGACUAUUGAUCAAUUGAUUGAACGGUGUUUAGAUCUCUUGAGACGGUAA